AUGAUUUCGAGAUCGUAUGCCAACUUGUUAGAUCUAGCAAAUGGGAAUUUUCCUGCCAUGGAAGAACCCAGAAGGAAGAUGUUCUCCAGGACAAUGACUGUCCCUGGGGUUUUAUCAGAGCUUGAUGACGAUCAAGCUCGUAGUGUUUCGUCUGAAGCCCCUUCAACGGUUUUGGCUGAUAGGUUAAUCGUCGUUGCCAAUCAAUUACCCAUUAAAGCUACUCGUAGAAUUGAUGAUAAAGGAGAAUCGUCAUGGAAUUUCUGCUGGGAUGAGAAUUCUCUGUAUAAGCAUAUUAAGGAUGGCCUGCCUGAAGAAAUGGAGGUUAUUUACGUAGGCUCACUGAGGGCUGACGUUGACCCUAGUGAACAAGAUGAAGUUUCCCAGAUACUGCUAGAGAGGUUCAAAUGUGUACCUGCUUUUCUACCUGCAGCAGUUUUAGACAAGUAUUACCAUGGCUUCUGUAAGCAGCAUUUGUGGCCCCUGUUCCAUUACAGGUUACCGUUUUCAGCUACCCAUGGUGGCCGGUUUGACCGAUCUUUGUGGGAAGCUUAUGUGGCUGCAAACAAGAUUUUCUCUCAGAAGGUGAUUGAGGUGAUAAACCCUGAUGACGAUUAUGUUUGGAUUCACGAUUAUCAUUUGAUGGUGCUUCCGACCUUCUUGAGGAGACAUUUUAAUAGGCUGAGGAUGGGGUUUUUCCUCCAUAGCCCUUUCCCAUCCUCAGAGAUAUACCGGACUUUGCCUGUACGAGAGGAGAUCUUGAAGGCACUUCUAAAUGCUGAUCUCCUUGGGUUUCACACAUUUGACUAUGCUCGCCAUUUUCUUUCUUGCUGUAGUAGGAUGCUUGGUUUGGAGUACCAGUCGAAAAGGGGGUACAUUGGGUUGGAAUACUAUGGGAGGACCAUUGGCAUAAAGAUUAUGCCAAGUGGGAUCCACAUGGGACAAAUGGAGUCUGUGUUGAGGCAAUCAGAUAAACAAUCGAGAGUCCGGGCGCUUGCACAGCAAUUUGAAGGGAAAACGGUGCUACUUGGCGUCGAUGAUUUGGAUAUUUUUAAAGGUGUGAAUCUUAAGGUUUUAGCAAUGGAACAGAUGCUCAAGUCACAUCGUAGUUGGCUUGGACGUGCUGUCUUGGUGCAAAUCUUGAAUCCCGCUCGUGGCAAAGGGCGACAAGUGGAGGAGAUAGAAGCGGAGAUAAGAACAAGCUCUGAAAGAAUCAACCAGGAGUUGGGAAGUCCGGGGUACACCCCUAUAGUGCUUGUUGAUACGCCACUUAGUUUAAGUGAAAAGGCUGCAUAUUAUACCAUCUCUGAGGCUGCUGUUGUCACAGCUAUAAGGGACGGUAUGAAUCUUACUCCAUACGAGUAUGUCGUGUGCAGGCAAGGGAUUUCAGGGACCGACAUUUCAAAUUCUCCCCAAAAGAGCAUGCUAGUGGUCUCUGAAUUUGUUGGGUGUUCACCUUCCUUAAGUGGUGCUAUACGAGUCAACCCAUGGAAUGUGGAUGCGACAGCAGAAGCAAUGUAUGAGGCUAUUUCGACUCCAGAGGUUGAAAAACAGAUGCGUCAUGAGAAGCAUUAUAGAUACGUCAGCAGCCAUGACGUGGCUUAUUGGUCGCGAAGCUUCUUCCAAGAUUUGGAGAGGAAUUGUGCUGACCAUUUCCGGCGACGGUGUUGGGGCAUAGGAUUGAGCUUUGGAUUUAGAGUUGUGGCCCUCGAUCCUAUGUUCAGGAAGUUGACCAUGGAUGCCAUUAUGGAUGCUUACGGACGUGCUCAGAGUAGAGCCAUCUUGUUGGAUUAUGAUGGCACUGUCAUGCCACAAUCAUCCAUUGAUACAAGUCCAAGUGAGGAGGUCAUAUCCAUUAUCAACAGACUCUGCAACGAUCCUAAGAAUAUGGUGUUCGUCAUCAGUGGACGAGGUAAAGAAAGUCUUGGCAAAUGGUUUGCCCCAUGUGAGAAACUAGGCCUUGCAGCCGAACAUGGUUAUUUUAUGAGGUGGCCGGCUGAUAAAGAAUGGGAGACAUGUGCACAAAACACCAAUUUUACAUGGAUGCAGAUGGCUGAACCUGUUAUGAGAUUAUAUACAGAAGCCACUGAUGGUUCUUACAUUGAAAGGAAAGAAAGUGCAUUGGUUUGGCACCAUCAGGAUGCUGAUCCAAGUUUUGGCUCGGCUCAGGCUAAGGAAAUGUUGGACCAUCUUGAAAGCGUGCUUGCUAAUGAACCUGUAGUCGUAAAAAGUGGUCAAUACAUUGUAGAAGUGAAACCACAGGGUGUGACUAAAGGUUUAGUUGCAGAAAAGAUCUUCUUAUCGAUGUUUAGGAACGAAAGACGGGCUGAUUUUGUUCUUUGCGUUGGAGAUGAUAGAAGCGAUGAAGACAUGUUUGUGAUGAUUGGUGAUGCAAUAAAGGCGGGUGUAAUCUUGAACAAUAAAUCGGUGUUUGCUUGCACAGUUGGACAGAAACCUAGCAAAGCUGAGUACUACUUGGAUGACACAGUAGAAGUUAUAAACAUGCUUGAGAAUCUUGGAGACGUAUCAGAUUCUGAAGAAGAAGAUGAUCCUGGAAGCUCUUCAUCUUGAGGUUUUUCAUUUCAUUUCAUUUCUCUGCUGUAUUUCUUGUUGGGGUUGAAGCAUUGAAUUCAAUCCCUCUAAAGAUUGAAGGUGGAGUUUGUACAUUCUGAUCUUGAUGGGAAUCCAAUCCAGAAAGCAAGCAGUAAAGAAAGAGGGGGGGGGGGGGGAUUUUUUUUUGAUUAUUAUGAUCAUUAUUAUAUAGGAGGAGGUUACAGCUGAGUUUGUUUUGUUCUUUGUUUGUUGGAAACAUGGAAGAACAGUGUUGGUACAUUAUGGACAUAGGCAGGGAGGGAGGGCACCUUGCUGAAAAUGAUUGUUUUUCUUUGUUUCUGUCUGAAAUGAACAGAUUAUGAACUCUGUUUGGCUAUUUUCAUGUAAAUCUUGAUAGAGUUUUAUCUUGUUUCUUUAUUGCAUUCA